GAGCCAGUCUGAGUAUUUGUGGUGUGUGUAUUUGAGUGUAUUUCUGGGACCCAUGGAUGGACGCAUCCUCGGUGUUGUUUCCCGCUGAUCGCCUGUUUUUCUCCUGGUCCAAAGAUUGCCCAGAUGUCCCCUCCCAUUGCGCCCCAGAAGCGGCAGGAUAGGAUGAUGCAAACAGAGAUCACGAUUCUUGUUGACAGGGCUGUUAUUGUAACCGGUGCUCUGUUGGGACUCCUUUUGGCCGCAUGCGUAAGCCAAGCACUGAUGAGCCAGAGGAUGAAACGUGAGGUGUCCGGUGCCAGCUAUCACACCUUCUAUGAGGGAAGCAUGACCGUUCCGUAUUGCACAACAUGGGCAUCCUGCUCCAUCCCAUUUACCUUUGAUGACGACGUAACCUGUUUGACCAAAAAUGAAUAUGGAAGUUGGAUGUUCCUUACCAAGCGGGAAAGGGUGGUAUUUGAACUAUCAGAAGAAGAGACAAUUACCUGUGACAUCCCUUCCUUCACUGUACAUUGUGUAACUAAAGAUUUUUGUUCUACUGCAGUGACCAGGGAAGACUGUAAGGAGUCUAAGGAGGAUGAGAGCUGGACAAUUGUUUUACAGGAUGAGAACUUAAUAUUUGAACUGCAAGAAGGGGUUGGGUUGAUUUGUGAAAAUCCCAGUAUGCCUUCCACUUCCCCAAAACUAAAAGUGGGGAUUCAGGAACGCAUUUUAGGUUGUAAAACAUCCACUGAUACACAGGUUCGUGCUGUAAUGUUAAACAUAUCAUACACUGAUGGGGAACCAGAGGGUCUGACAUAUGUGUGUAAAUAUACAGGAAAAGAGUCAUCUGAACCUCUUUUAAUGUAUAUCAGGAGACCUGUAAUGGAUGGGAAAUUAUUAAACAACCGACACAAGGGAAAGAGGGAUCAUGCACGGCGCCAUUUAGGCUCCCUGCAUGCCUCCUCAUGGGAACUUGAUAAUACCUUUGUAAAAACUGCCAAAGAUGUGUUUAAUGUGACAAAUGUUCAGGGACCAUGUUGGGUGUGUGGGUUUGUGCCUCACGGGCAGACUAGGGGUUACCCUUAUUUAGGUGUCCCUUUAACCAUGAGUAUGCUUGCCGAUAUGAUUGGGAAUAAGACUGUGUGGAAUUUUACAGGUCUUAACACACCAGGUAGGGAUGACUUGCUGGAUAAGUUGCAUCUAGCUAACAAUGUGACUACAGGUGCUAUUAUGUUUCAAAAUCUAGAUGGGGAGAUAUAUAGUACUAAUAACCUAACCCAGCUACCUGACAUGAUAAUGUUAAUGUAUAACAUAGGACGGCUAGUUAAAAAUAGGACAGGGAUAUUCAACAUUAAACUGAAAUUCUAUGACUUCUCAUAUUUGACUUAUGCCCAUGAGAAAUGGAAGACUAAGUUUGGUGAGCCCAGAGACCUUAUUAAAGACUGGUACCAGCUUAAUAGGGAAACACUAGCAGGUAACACACGGACUAAGGAUGGGAGGAAGCGAUUGAAUAGGAUAUGUCCUCCUUUUGUUAAACUGCCAGUGGGAUAUUAUUGGUUGUGUGGGAGGUGGGCAGUAAAGGUAAUACCUUGCACCCAUUAUGGCCCAUGCUUUUUAGGAUAUAUAUUCCCUGCUUUUAACAUAACCACCACGCUUCCACCACCUAUAUUGCAUAGAACACGAAGAUACCUUGACCUGGACAAAAUACACAAUGGAGUUAAAAUUAGUGAAGGUAUGCGCCUGCUUGCAACAUUUGUCCCUCAUUAUGGGGCUGCUACAGCCCUCACUAGAUUAAAUACGCUAGCUGAUUUAGUGGAUGAAGCUUUUAAUGUAACUAGAGAUGCAAUAGAGCUCUUAGCAUUAGAACAGGAACAAAUUAGGAUGGUGGCAUUGCAGAAUAGAAUGGCUCUAGACUAUCUCCUAGCUGCAGAAGGAGGAGUUUGCCAGAGAAUCCACCAGCAAUGCUGUGUGUACAUAGAAGACAAUACAGGUAAAAUCAAACAUGACCUACACAGACUAGAAGAAGUGCAAAAGCACAUACGUGAGGUACAUGAUGAUUCAUUUAGCAAAUGGCUUAAAGACUUUGACUGGACUUUUGGACUGGGGGGAUGGCUUGGAAGCUUAGGCCAAACUAUAGUUACAUGGCUAUUAAUAAGUCUGGCUUGCUUGUGUGGGAUAUUCAUUAUAUAUCACGGCAUGGGGGCCGGUGAAGCUGGAAUGCUUGUUCGCCUCGUUGGCAUUCUUUGA